AAAGCCCAAAAGCACCCUCCAAAAUUUCAAUUCCUCCAUAACUCACGCACGCUCUCUUCUCUCUGCUCCCCUAGGGUUUCAAAAACACAUUCCUCAUUUUCCCACUCCACUCAAAAUCACCUCAAUCCCCAAAUCUCUCUAGGGUUUCCUUCUAACAAAAUGGCAUCGCCGGCAGUAGUCUCCGCACCACGCGCCGCCGCCACGUCAUCCAAAACCGAAACCUUCGUCGACAACAAGCGCAAAGACGAUAUCCGUAUGGCGAACAUCGCCGCCGCACAAGCCGUCGCAAACGCCGUCCGUACAAGUCUCGGUCCUAAAGGUAUGGACAAAAUGAUCUCAACCGCAAACGGCGAAGUAAUCAUCACUAACGACGGCGCAACAAUACUUAACAAAAUGGAAGUUCUUCAACCUGCUGCUAAGUUCCUCGUUGAACUAUCCAAAUCACAAGACGUUGUCGCCGGUGACGGAACAACAACCGUCGUUGUUAUCGCCGGCGCGUUGUUGAAACAGUGUUUGUCUCUUCUUUCUGCUGGGAUUCACCCAACUGUUGUUUCUGAUUCGCUGCAUAAGGCGUCUAUGAAGGCUGUUGAAGUGCUUACUGCUAUGGCAUUGCCUGUUGAGCUAACGGAUCGCGAUUCGCUUGUGAAAUCGGCUAGCACUGCGCUUAACAGUAAGGUAGUUUCGCAAUACUCCACGCUUUUAGCUCCAUUAGCUGUUGAUUCUGUGUUAUCUGUUGUGGACCCGGAGAAACCUGAGAUUGUUGAUUUGAGGGAUAUUAAGAUUGUUAAGAAAUUGGGUGGUACUGUUGAUGAUACUGAGUUGGUUAAAGGCUUGGUUUUUGAUAAGAAAGUGAGUCAUGCUUCGGGUGGGCUUACCCGUGUUGAGAAAGCUAAGAUUGGUGUCAUUCAGUUUCAGAUUUCGCCUCCGAAAACUGAUAUUGAGCAGAGUAUUGUGGUUUCUGAUUAUACUCAAAUGGACAGGAUUUUGAAAGAAGAGAGGAAUUACAUUUUGGGUAUGAUUAAGAAGAUUAAGGCUACGGGGUGUAAUGUAUUGUUGAUUCAGAAGAGUAUUCUGAGGGAUGCUGUGACUGAAUUGUCUCUGCAUUAUUUGUCAAAGGCGAAGAUUAUGGUGAUUAAGGAUGUCGAGAGGGAUGAGAUUGAGUUCAUUACUAAGACGUUGAAUUGUCUGCCUAUUGCUAAUAUUGAUCAUUUCAGAGCAGAGAAACUUGGGUUUGCGGAUUUGGUUGAAGAGAUAUCUCUUGGGGAUGGUGGAAAGAUUGUGAAGAUCACAGGGAUUCAGGACAUGGGUAGGACUACUUCGGUGCUGGUUCGUGGGUCGAACCAGUUGGUUCUUGAUGAGGCUGAGAGGAGUUUGCAUGAUGCGUUGUGUGUUGUAAGGUGUUUGGUGAACAAGAGGUUUUUGAUUGCAGGUGGUGGGGCACCUGAGAUUGAGCUUUCUAGGCAGUUGGGUGCAUGGGCAAAGGUCCUACAGGGGAUGGAAGGGUAUUGUGUGAAGUCUUUUGCUGAAGCACUGGAAGUCGUUCCCUAUACUUUGGCUGAGAAUGCUGGGUUGAACCCAAUUGCAAUAGUGACUGAGUUGAGGAACAGGCACGCACAGGGCGAGAUCAACACAGGGAUCAAUGUGAGGAAGGGACAGAUCACUAACAUUUUGGAGGAGAAUGUGGUGCAGCCAUUGCUGGUGAGCACAAGUGCAAUUAGCUUGGCUACCGAAUGUGUACGGAUGAUUUUGAAGAUUGACGACAUUGUUACAGUGAGGUAGAGUGAUGACAUGUGAAAUUGCCUGAAUAGAAGUGUUUUGUCAUAUCUUCGGUUCUUGACUUGUGUCCUUCAAGAAUUAGUGGUCCUCUAGUACUUCUCUAUUUCGGAUUAUAUGCUGGAUUUUCAAUUUGUCAUUUUUGCUUAGCUAACUUUUACUCGUUGGGUUUUUCUCACUUGAAUGCUUAGUUUAGAGUGCGCAGACUCUUUUUCAUGUAUUUUGAUUGGUUGACAUGGUGCAGUAUGUAACAUGUGAAUCACUAUCCGUUUAUCGAUAUUUUUUGUCA